GCGGCGUUUGGUCCCGCGUCUCUUGCUCCCUGGAGGCGGCCGUCCCUGCCCCUGCCCCUGCCCCUGUCCCUGCCGUGGCGCCAAAGCGGCUGCAGCUCGCACUCGCAGCCCUGCGGGCGGGCAAGGGGCGGGGGCCGAGCCCGGCGGGGCAGCGCGCACACGCGCCGCCAGAGCAGCUGCGGAGCCGGCGGCGGCCCGCCGGGCGCGCUGAGUGGCCCCGGUGGCUCUGCCACUUGCUGCCGACCAGUACAGAGACAAAACCAACGUCAAGUUUAAAACUGCGACCUUCGCUUCCCUGCCACUGAGAAGCAAGCCGUAAGCAGGGCCCCUGGGCCCAGGCCCCACUGGCUCGUGGUCAUUUCAGUCCCAUUUCCCUUGUUAAGAUGGACCACUGGCAAAGGGUAGUGGUCAGAAGAAAUAAAGAACUCAGGAUCUUUACUUUGAACUCAGUCAUGAAACGGUUCCUGCUGGUGAUUAUCCUGGUAGCUGUUCUUAUGUAUGCUGUGCUUCACACAAAUGUGUGGAAGACAAAUGACUACUGGCUGUCAUAUAGGACGAUGGAAAGAAAAAAUGUACUAAACACUUGUUUGCGGAAGCCAGCCUUUGCAUCACUAUUGAAUGCUGAUAAAAUAUAUCCAUUCCUGUGCUCUAAUGACUUCUUAAAAGUGGCAGCAUUCCAUGGAAGUGAUAAAUUUGAAUUACCAUAUGGUAUAAAGAGAGCAGAGAGCAAUUUUCACCUAGCCCUUUCAAGACUGGAAAGCUGUGAACUCUUCCAUAAAGAUGAUGGUGAGCCCUGUAAAAAGUGCAUUGUUGUUGGUAAUGGAGGAGUUCUUCGAAACAAGACACUAGGGGAAAAAAUUAACUCUUAUCAUGUGGUAAUAAGAAUGAAUAAUGGUCCCAUAAUAGGGUACGAAGAUGAUGUUGGGAGGAAGACAGAUUUCCGACUUUUUUAUCCAGAGUCUGUUUUUUCAGACCCAAUUCACUACGAUCCUAAUACUACUGUUGUUCUUGUUGUUUUCAAACCACAUGAUUUAAAGUGGCUCUGGAGCUUACUGGGUGGUCAGAAAAUAAAUGCUAAAAGUUUUUGGAAGAAACCAGCCUUGAACAUGAUAUAUAAGACUAACCAAAUCAGGAUACUUGAUCCUAGUAUUAUCAGAAAAACUGCACAUGAAUGGCUUCAUUUCCCUACAAGAUAUUUCAAAAAGGAAAAACCCAAGCAUCCCACAACGGGACUAAUUGCCAUUUCUUUGGCAUUUCACUUUUGCCAUGAAGUUCACCUGGCAGGAUUUAAGUAUGACUUCACUGACAGAAACAGUUCUUUGCACUAUUAUGGCAAUGAGACUAUGUCUCUAAUGAUUGAGAAUGAAUACCACAACAUCAGUGCUGAGCAAAGGUUUUUGAAAAUGCUUAGAGACAAGAACUUUGUGGUCAACCUGACAUAAAGACUGAUAAGAGAACUGAAGAGCAAUCACUAUGUUCAGCAAGAAAUAAUUGUAUUUUUUGUACUGUAUUUUUAUUUUUUAAGUGCUGUAUCUGUUUAUUGAGAUAUUUAAAAGAAGCACAGAAGCCUCACAAAGGUGACAGUGGCAGACGGCCCCUAACCAAGACUGAGGACAGUAACUCUUCUCUCUCAUGUCAUACAACCAGACUGAACUGAUUUCUGUAAAUUUAUUUAAUUAUGAAGAAAACUGCAACCUUCAGCUAAAAAGAUCAGGGAUAUGUAAGAAUAUGAUGCACACCCUUUAUUUAACAAUAAGAUUUUUUUCAAAUAAUUUCUCUUUACUAUCUUCCUUUCCUACAUCAUCAUCCUCAAGAAUUAUAUAUGAUGUCCACGGCGCUGCAAGAUCCUGAGGUAAUCUGUAAAGGGAUACCAGGUCUUUGAUUUCUUGAUUUUGGGUUUGAAAAUGAUUUAGAAUGGCAGCACUUGAUAAUUAUUACUGCAUUGGAUAGAUAUGAUAGUAUGUGAAGGUCAGCUGUUCGCAUAUUAGAAAAUGCCACGACUAUUCACAGAGGUCGACCUUUUGUUUUUAAGGCUAGUUCAACAGCUCAUAGACUGGACAGCAUUCAUUGAAUGUAUUCUGUAUACACCUAGGUUGAAGACUGCAUUGGCCAGAGAGUGUAAAAGUCAUACUGAUGUUGCUUAUGCUGUAUCUAAUGUGCAAAGCACUGGAGUUGAUAGUUCCCAGUAUUUUCCAUCACUGGCGAUGUACAAGUGGGUAAAUACUCUUCGAAGAGAAUUAAGCAGAAUGUCCUUUAAAAUGUGGAAUAAUUUAAAGAAUUUUAAAGACGGGAGUUAUCUUGUCACAACUGUCAACCUUUUUCAAAAGAACCCCAAACCACAAUGUCUCACUAUUCAGCACAGAUGAGUGGAAAUGCAGAAUCAUGAGUGUGCAAAUUACUGUUUCUCUAAGAUAAUACUUACUGAAUGUCUUGAUUCUCCUGUCAGGGGAUAGUGAUACUUUUCUGUUCUCAAAGGAUUAAGAUACGUUUUCCAAAUUAGCAUGAUUUCCUUGCCUCACUUCCCCUCUGCCUGCCCACAAACCUACACCUUCUUCCCCGCUGCUGUGCAGGGUCUCAAGGGAGCAAUCAUCACCACAAGCAUUUUCCAUUUUUCUUGAUCUUGUAUACAAAGGAGUUUUUGAGACCCUGCGUCAAGCAAUGCAGGGAAUUAUGGUUUAGCUUGUCUUUGGCUUGAUGUCCUUUGUCUUCCUCUCCCCUUUUUCUUUUUCCUGAUUUUUUAAUUUUUAUUUUUAAGCACAUAUUUCUGGAUGUACACGCAUGCACACACAGAACUGAGUGAGGGGGGAGCUGAAAGAACCAGUUACAUUUUUUUAGAACAUCACAGAUGUUCUUAAAUUUUAUUUUCAUAAAGGGCGCAGGCACCUACAUCUCAGUGACUUAAGCUCCAAGUUCAGAAGUGAUUUAGUAUUUAGGCUCCAUAUACAUUUAAAGUAUGUCUAUUGCAGUGCAGUGCAGAGAUAUGUUAGGUAGCUUAGGUCCUGGAAUCAGUUUAGCCACAAUAGCAUGAUGGCCACUUGAGAUUUAGCUCUGCUGAGAAGCAGAAGGCCAUUAUGGUAUUUAACAACAUGAGAGCUUACUUGUUUAGAGCUAGCUUGAAUAUCUCUACACAGUAUAACAUUGUGCCAUGUAGACCUCUGGCUGAGAAGCAGGGUAGUAGCCUGGAAACAGUGCUGAGUGAAUGCAGCUAGCCUGCUUCCGAUACUUUAGCUAGCUCUUUCAGAGCUACCUUGGGCAUCUCAGUGUGGCACUUCAUUAUGCAAUAUAAAUUGACCUUCAAAUACUCUUGAAAAGUUUACCCAGGAUAUUUUGCUGGAGCAUGUUUGGUUGGACAGUCAGGUCAUGAAUUAAUUGUCUCCAAUUUGUCUGUGAAAGCUUUAAGUGAUAUUAAAGUUCUGACCCAUAGCCUGGAAUCAGCCCACAGAGCCAUGUUAUUUGGCCCAUAGGGUUCCCUGGAAAUUUGGUGGCAGGAAAGCGAUAGCAGCAUUAAUUGCUCUCAGAGUGUGGCAGUUAAUUCUGCUACCACUCCCCCACUGUCAAAUUUCUGGCCUUUGGGGAGCCCUGUGGUGAGGAAGACAUGACUCCACACAACAGAUUAUACCUGUGCACUGACUCUGUGCUGGAUCCAGCCUGCAGACUGGCUUUGCACGUAGGAAUCACAGUCCAGCCCUGCAUCAGUCAUCUGGCCCAGGAGUGGGGGCUAGAGAAGUUGAGCAUUACUGCUUUACGUGAAAUCUGCUGGAUGACAUACAUCACUGUCAAGAUGAAAUAGGAAGUAAAUACCAUUCUAGUCAUCCCAGAUUUCUAGCACUUUAUUGUUCUGUAUUGGUCAUUUGAGCCCAUAUUCUAGAGAAAUCACCAAAAAGUCUGCAUCAGAGCUAUUUUGAAAGCAUGUAAAAUAAUUUGGUGGUGAUUUUUACAAUAAAUGCAUUGUAAAAAUGCCUUUAUUGCUGAGUAUUCUAAAGCAGCAUAUAGAUCUAGAUACCUAGAUAUAUUAAUAGUAGCGUAUACCAGGCAAGUAGUUGUUUUGUUUUGUUUUGUUUUGUUUUUUUUAAAAAAGAACAUAAAACACAUGAUUGAAGAUUGCUGUAGAGCAUUAAUCAGACUCCCUUGACAUAAACUUAAUAAGCAAAUCAUUGGGCAAAUAACAAUGGAGAAGCCUAAUAUUUUCUAUUUCAUGAGUGUUACAAAUACGUAAGCAUAUUUGAAUGGGUAUUGCCAUUUUUUAGAUACUUGAUUCUGGUACAAGACUAUAAAUGACUGAGUUCUGAUUUAGUUUUGUUGGAUUAAUUGGAUCUAGGCCCUUGUGAAAGAAGCAUAUCACAGGAAACUGCAAGAACAUGGGGAGUCUAAGGACUCCAAAUUAUUUUUUCCAGUGCUGUCAGUGCUCCAUCUUAGUGAAUCUUGUCUCCACUAUUUUUUCUUGUGUACACAUUCCCAUCCUUUUGAGGGAAGCUUUGCUUCAAAUUUGGGCUUAAAUUGAGUAUAUAAUUUUUUUGCAAAAACUUUCUAAACUGGCUGACAAGUUUUCUUUGGGUGAAUCUGAUAUCUUUUAUUAGACCGACCCAAAUAGUUGGAGUAUAGUUAUUAAGCAAGCUUUCGGGUGCAAAAACCCUUCAUCAGGCUAAGGAAGUUUCAGCAGCUGAUGUGUGCUCUUCCUGGACGGAAUGAAAAGGGAAAUGCAUAAAUGCCAGCCAGUUUAGAGGGGUUACAACCUACACCCCUCUAAACUGGCUUGCAUCUAUGCAUUUCCCUUAAUUGAAAAAGUUUGUUUAAAGAAAGCUGCAACUUCUGGCCACCAGAGCCACACUGAUAAUUUUAAUGUGGGAGAGCCAUUGAUAGAUGGAAAUUACAAAAGAAUCUGUGGGUGCAGUUCUCAAAAAGUACUUAGUAUAGGCCUAAUAGGCCAAAGUAGGAAAACCCAUCCUAUAAAGCUCGAAACAUUCUGGCUGGUCCAAUAUCAUGAGCAUCAAAGCAUCUAUAUAGAAUGCAUUCCUCUGCUUUAGUUCUUCAAAUUAAAAUCCUUCAUAAAGUUACCCUCAUCCCUCUGUCUCUCGAAUUCCUGCCAUGUUCAGGGCUUUGGGGGGGUUUUUUAUUCGGGGUUGUCGUUGUUAUUUACUUUUAUUUUGUUUGAUGCCUUGUCAGUGUUUUUGUCUGCAAUCUAACUUUAUAUCUGGGCAUUGCAGCACUCUUGGUUAUACUCUCAUUUUGCCAAAGGUUGACAACUGGAGAAAGUGAAAUGACACUGAGGGGAUAUAAGGAGAAAGAUUAAAUCUGCAGAAGUCCCAUAGGCACUGUACAUGGUGUUGGUGGGGGGAGGAGGUAUAUAUCUUCAGAAGGUAUCAUCCACAGGUAUACAGUUCUAUCUGUGAUACUAGGAGGUGAAAUCAUUGGUACAGUUUUAUUUCAAUGAUACGUUUGAAAGGAUUAUGUAUGCAACAGUUCUAAUUCCCCGCUGCCAUGCAUCUUGUAAGUCAUUUAUUUCUACACCUAUUCAAAGUCAGUACAGCUUGAUUUCAAAUUGGCAUAGUCGCAUUUAACAUGAAAUUUGCAUAGCUGCAGAUAACCACAAUGGGUGUCCAAUAGUAAAGGAUUACAUCUAUGCAGUCUGAUUUAAAUAUGACAUACAUUUAAAUGUCAUCAUAAGCCAGUAUUAGUCCAACAUGCCUUAAGAUGUUUUUCUACUUUAAAGAAAUCCUGAACAAUGAGGCCAGCUUUUCUGAGAGCAUAUUUCAUUUCCACUGGGUCUUGACUCCAUAUCUAUGCUUACCAGUCUUUUAAAAGCUGCUUUUUAUUUCCAUGGUUGCAACAGCACUUAUUAUUUGAAUUCUAGGGUAUUUCAGACUGUAUUCCCACAUACAGCACCAUCAUAAUGGUGAAGGAUAUAAAUACAUUUAAUCUCGAUUUUCCUUCUGUCAACUGCAACGCCACUUUAAAGGUCUCAUUCUUUUUUCCUCCCAUUUCCUAUUCUCUCAUGUGAGAGAUACUAAAAUAAAUUAGCUAUCUUACAUUUAAUGCGUAACUUUUUAAAAAGCAGUGGCAUAUUCCACUAACCAGUUUGGACUGAACAUCCCAAUCUAAGCUCAGUUAAAGUCAACAACAGGCCCUUCUUCAUGUUCAGACCAGUUUUGUUCCAUUAUAGAAGUUGCUCCUAAUUUCUUUUGCUGUGGCAAGUGUGGGAGAUGCUGGGAUCCUACAAAGGAAGAGGGUUUUGAGUUAAUGUAUUAAGGAUGAAUCCAUGAGUAUCUAAUGAGCAUUAGUGGAUUACCUUUAUCUUUCAAGUGACUCUGUAUUAACUAUACUAUAGAAUGAUGAAAAAAGUAUUAGUGUGUAAUAUGUCGUGUUUUCUAUAUAGACAAUAUACUUUUUCCUUUCAUCUGAAAUCCCCUUAAAAGGGCAUUUAAAAUGUUUCUUCACCUAAAAUACUUGUGGUUUGUUUUGUUUUGUUUUUACAUAAAGUAUGUACUUUUUAAGAGGAUGAGAAAAACAAUGGGAUUUUUGCUGAAGGAUAUAUUUGGCAAUUUUAUUUGCUAUUUGGUUUGAAUUUAACGUGCCUUUGAGUACAAGUUAUGUUUCGAAGGUAAGCUAACUGUUGGGAAAUGGAAAGACAGAAUACCAAACACAGAGGUACUGGAGUGCACAGGACUGGCCCACUUAGAAACCACUAUCAAGAAGCAGAGGUUGCGAGGGAUUGGCUGCAUCAGGAGAACAAGAGACCGUAUCCCCAAGAAUAUUUUGUAUAGUGAAGUUCAAGAUGGCUCCAGAAAGUGGAGUCACCCUCUAUGGUGGGGCUACAGUAUGUGCAAAACUAAUAUGAAAUUGUCAACAUCAAUGUAGAGAGCUGGGAGGAGCACAAAGAAUCCUGUCCAAUCUGGAGGGAACAUCUGGCACUAGGUACAACUCAACAUGAAGCAACUUUGAUCCAAAGGAUGGAGGCAAAAUGAGAAAGAAGAAAGCAGCAUAUGCUGUAAACUUGGACUCCCAACUCAAACUACAUAAGGAUCUGUGAAACUUGUAACAAGUUCUGUUGCUCUCAAAUUGGGCUUGUCAGCCACAAAUGGAUUCAUUAGACAUAUGACUAGACCUGUUACAGGUGCACCAUCAUCCAGAGGAUCGACAGUUGCCUACUAACUGUUGUUUACAAUGGAGUGUUAAAGUAGUGCAGAUUGUAAAGAGAUUAUUUUCUAUACAAUAAAACUUUUAAAAAUA